AUGUACCAUGGCUCUCAAGAACAUAUCUUAAUUUCCAUCCGCCGAACCCUACCAGGUAUAACCUUCCAGUUUCAGGACCUGCGGAACCCAUUUCCACUCGAAUAUUCACCCUACCAACCCCUCCAGCCACCAUCAAGCCUCAAACAUCAAGAAAGCUCAUGUCUCCUAUCAUGGUUACUAGACAUCUCAUUCGGCACAGGCUGUCCAUGCAUUUCAACCGGCACAUAUGCCGUCCGCUCGGACUUGGCCCAUGGCGACGACGGCCCCGUUCCGGAAGAAUCCACCUGGCUCGACAGCGCCGCCCUCGUCUUCCUCUUCUCGCGCAACAACAUGACGGUCAGCGCCGCGAUCGCCAGCGCCAGCGGGGUGCCGAUGCCCACCCCGAUUCCCGCCGCCGCGCCCGUCGAGAUCCCGUUGCUACUACUGGACUCUGCCGCGGUCGCGGAACACGUGGCGGCGGCCCCGGUGCUUUGUCCUGCUACUGCCGCGGUCGCGGUCACCGUCGUCGUCGCGAGGUCGCCGAGAACUCCCCCAAAACAAGAGAAGAAUCUCUUCCCCGUCUUCCUACCAAGAAGUAAGUUUCUUACCUCCGCCGGUAAUCUCCUCCUUGUCGCAGUACUUCGGACACCCGCUCCUCGACCAAUUCUGAUCCGUACACGCGCCGCGGUAGAAGCUCAGCUCCGUCUGCGAGAAGCAGAGGCCGUUGCUCAUGCAAUAAUGAUUCUGGAAGCAGCACGCCGCGACCUCGGUACCGCCGGCGACGGGACAGGCUACCGCCUGCGUCGCCUCGACGCCGUUGGGCCAGUAACACCUCUGGCCCGCCACCGCCGUGACCAGCGGCACCGUUGCGAGGAGAAGCCGCCAUGGUAG